AUGUUUGUUGUUGCGUUGCGCAGAGAAAGCUCUGGGCGGGCGGCUGCGUGCGGGGCGGGCGGCAAGCGGCGAACGGGCGCAGUGGGCGCAAAUAGCGGCAGCGCGCGGCCGCCGAGCACUCGCUACGGCCAGUCAUCGCCCGAGCGCUCCUUCGCUCACUGCAUACUGAGUGCACGGCGCGAUCGCUCGAUCCGCGACCUGACACAGCGACAUCACCCACCGCGCGCAAACCUACCCUACCGUAUAAUUCGCGAUCUCUUCCAACAGUGUUGUUUGUAA